CUCAAACCCAGACCAGUUCAACUCUCCUGUCUCUCUCUGAAGUCUAAACAUUUUGAGCUUCGCCGUUAGAUGUCUCAGGUACCGGAAAAUUGAUAGACAAAGAGAGCAAAAAUAUCACCGUAAUCUGUAUAGUUAAGGAUCUUUAUCUCUCUCGCGUUCGUGAUGCUUGUUACGACGGUGGCGCGGAGGUUAGUGUACUCUCGCCUGAGAUGUUGCCGGAGAAAUCGAGAACUUCGGUUGUGACCCUUUCGUGAUCGAAGAUUUUGUCUUUUUCCGUGUUUUAUUGUUUUCGAAAACUUUAAAAUGGAAGGUCAGGCGAAGCUGACGAGGACACAGUCGUCGUUGCUCCGAUCACCGUCGACGGUACGUUCGUCUUUUCACAUCUUUAGUUUAAUCUCCGACGAUGUCCCUCACCAGAAGCAAGAUCUAGAAGCUGGAGAGAAAGAAGAGAAGCAGAGGAGAUACCCGCGUAAACCAUUCGGGUCAAGUCCUCGAACCGGGUUAACCCGAAUCAAUCCGGGUCUAGCCUUCACGAUGGUGUCUCUCUCUUUUCUCAGCCUCUCCUCUUUCUUCUUCUUCGUUGUGUUCUCCCAAACCGAUGAGCUUCUCACCUCCGAGAACCUCGUCCUUGCUCUGAUCUUCGUCGCCGUCUCUCUCUUCCUCGCCUCCAAGAACAAAACACUUCUCAACCAAACCGUACUCGCAAUCACCAAAGGCUUUCAGAGCAAGAACCGGUCAAAACCGGUUCAGUGGUACAUCGGCGAUACCGAAACCAAACCGGAGAAGGCCACCAAGCGGUUCGUUAAAGAAGGUGUUCAGUUCUACAGCAACGGAGACUUCUACGAAGGGGAGUUUCACAAAGGGAAGUGUAACGGAAGUGGUGUAUACUAUUACUUCGUGAGAGGACGGUACGAAGGUGACUGGGUCGAUGGGAGAUACGAUGGUCAUGGGAUCGAAAGCUGGGCUAGAGGAAGUAGGUACAAAGGUCAGUAUAGGCAUGGUCUUAGACAUGGUUAUGGAGUUUACAGAUUCUACACUGGUGAUUGCUACGCUGGUGAGUGGCUAAAUGGUCAAAGCCAUGGGUUUGGUGUUCAGUCUUGUGCUGAUGGUAGUUCUUAUGUUGGUGAAUCAAGAUUUGGUGUCAAGCAUGGGCUUGGAUCCUACCAUUUCAGAAAUGGAGAUAAGUAUGCAGGAGAAUAUUUUGGAGACAAAAUACAUGGGUUUGGUGUGUAUCGUUUUGCUAAUGGUCAUUGUUAUGAAGGAGCGUGGCAUGAAGGUCGUAAGCAAGGGUAUGGUGCUUACUCGUUUAGAACUGGUGAUGCUAAAUCCGGUGAAUGGGAUUCAGGGAAUCUUGUAACAUCUCUUCAUUCUACGAGCGAGCCGGUACGCAGAGCGAUUCAGGCUGCUAGAGAAACGGCAAAGAAGGCCGCAGAGAACCGGAGACGAGUAGAUGAACAAGUGAGUCGAGCUGUGGCUGCAGCUAAUAAGGCUGCAACGGCUGCAAGAGUUGCUGCGGUUAAAGCGGUUCAGAAUCAGAUGGAUGGUAAAUUUUGUCAAAGUUAAAAAAAAAGAAAAUUGUAAAUUUUUGGUUUGUUACCGGUUUAAUCUGUAACCCUGAUUGAAGCUAAAAGAAUGUAAGCUUGGUUCAGAGGUUUUUUUUAACAAUGUUAUUUUCGAUCUUUAUUACUACUUCUGUAACAAUUUGUACAUAAAAGAAAAUGGGAAAUCUUCUUUUUUGUUUUUAAA